CACUUUAAUCUCCCAGGAACCAUGGAUGCUGUGGAACUUGCCAGAAAGCUACAAGAGGAGGCCACAUGCUCCAUCUGCCUGGACUACUUCACUGACCCAGUGAUGACCUCUUGUGGUCACAACUUCUGCCGGGAGUGUAUCAGAAUGACCUGGGAGAAGACGAAAGGCAAGAAAGGGAAGAGAAAACAGAAGGGGUCAUUUCCCUGCCCUGAGUGCAGAGAAAUGUCUCCCCAGAGAAACCUGCGGCCAAACCGCCUGCUGACCAAAGUAGCUGAAAUGGCGCGCCAACACCCUGGGCUGCAGAAGCGAGACCUGUGUCAUGCACACCAGGAGCCCCUCAAGCUGUUCUGCCUGGAGGAACAGAUCCCCAUCUGUGUUGUCUGCAGAGAGUCUCGGGAGCAUCAAUUGCACAGGGUGCUACCUGUGGACGAGGCAGUGCAAGAGUACAAGGUAAAGUUGGAGGAGGACAUGAAGUACUUCCGGGAGGAAAUAGCAAAGACAGAGAAGAUGCAAGCCAAGGAGGAGCAGACCUUACUAGAGUGGCAGGACAGAGCCAAGGAGAGGAGAGAACGCAUCCUGGUAGAAUUCCAGAAGGUGGUCCUUUUCCUGGUGGAGGAAGAGCGGAGGCUCCUCCAGACCCUGAAGAAGGAGGAGGAGGAGACAGUGAUGAGGCUGCAGGACAGCAAGGCCUCCCUGGACAAACAAAGCCACUCAUUGCACUCACUGCUAUUGCAGCUGGAGGAUCGGAGCCGAGAGGAACCCAUCCAGAUGCUGCAGGAUAUGAAGGACACCUUGGCCAGGAAGAGCAGCCUGAGCGUGCAGUACCCAAAGGUGGACAUUCCCACAGUGCUUAAGACAGUAUGCAGGGUUCCUGGACAAAUAGAAGUGCUCAAGAGUUUCCAAGAGGAUGUAAUGCCGGACCCAACCACGGCCUACCCCUACCUUCUCCUGUAUGAGAGCCGCCAGAGGUGCUACCUGAGCCUUCCGCCAGAGGGCAGCGCGCCCUCCGGCAAGGAACGGUUCGUGGCCUAUCCCUGCGCUGUGGGCCAGAAGAGCUAUUCUACGGGGAGGCACUACUGGGAAGUGGGCAUGAAUCUCACUGGGGACACGCUCUGGGCCCUGGGCGUGUGCAGAGACAACGUGAGCCGGAAGGACAGAGUGCCCAAGUCCCCAGAAAACGGGUUCUGGGUGGUACAGCUGUCCAAGGGGACGAAGUACUUGUCUUCCAUGUCUCCUAUCCCAGUCACGUUAACGGACCCUCCCAGCUACGUAGGCGUCUUCCUGGACUUCCAGGCCGGAGAAGUGUCCUUCUACAGUGUGAAUGACGGCUCCCACUUGCACACCUACUCCCAGGCUGCCUUCCCUGGACCCCUGCAGCCGUUUUUCUGCUUGGGGGCUCCCAAAUCGGGCCAGAUGGUCAUCUCUACAGUGACCAUGUGGGUGAAGGGAUAGAGACGCAGGCGCGGGGACAGAGAUGCUGGAAGUGCCUAGGUCUCUCCAGAAGGAGAGACUCUUUAUUCACCAGGGGCACCUUCCAGGCUUCUCUCUUCCAGCACGGAGAGCCAUCCCUGUGCCUGCGGGACAGUUUAAUCACAAGCAAAGCAGUAGAAUAUUAGACUAUUGACAGAAGCUUCAGAGAUAAUUUUGAAAAGAGCCCCAACAUUUCCGAGUGGACCGAUUUCUAAAUAUAUACCUGAACAUCAGGCACAGUGCUGUCUGGAGUGGGUUUUAUUUUUGCCUCUGCCUCCCGGUCCCCUCUCCCAUCUCUGGAAUGCUGCUAAUUCCUCGGCUCCUGUCUUUCCAUAGAGCCGUCUGGAUGUGGGAUACUUCCCUGGGAAAAAAUAAAAUCCAAAAACAGUAAAGAUAUUGUGGGGAGGGGGAAAUCUCCCUCCAUCACCCUUUCCUAACACUCCCUCUCCAAGAAUGCCUCACUCUAGGACCCUGUAAUAGUCACCAGCACCCCAGAACUUCACGCUAAGAGUAGUCCUCUGGAGAAGGUGCCCCGGAACCCGGUACAAGGCUCCCUCACGAGGAUCUGUACCCGGGAUCCCUCAGAUUGGUCUCUAGCCCCCGACGCGUAGGAUGACACCCAGUUGGGGAGUGCGCGCGGGCAGGGGAUGAAAACGCACGGGGAAACGGCUCA